UAUAAUAAAAGGGAAGGAAAGCAAGGCCGCUCCAUCGUCUUCUUCCUUGCAUCACAAGCCCUAGACCAACGCAAAGGCUAGCUUCGCUUUCACCGUAACCACAAGCAUAAGUAUGGCCUCCUCCACGCUUCCUAUCUCCCAAUCCCAAGCUUUCUGUGCUCGAGCACGCCUCAUCCCUGCCUCCCUUUCUGGUCCGGUUCGUUUCGCCCUCCCUCACCGUCACCGGAGAGACGCCUCCUACCGGAAGCCCCUGCGCACCAUGGUCGUCACGGCGACCACCGCAGAGAUGCCGAAGAAGCGGCAGGCCUCCCGGGACCGCUCGUUCGUUGACGAGAUGAGGACCGUUGCUAUGAAGCUGCACACCAAGGAUCAGGCGAAGGAAGGUGAGAAGGAGUCUAAAUCGCCGCCCGUCGCUAAGUGGGAACCGUCCAUCGAGGGCUACCUCCAUUUUCUAGUCGACAGCAAGAUCGUUUAUGAUACCCUCGAAAUGAUCAUCCAGAAGGCCGCCUAUCCCUGGUAUGCUGAGUUCAGGAGUACUGGCUUGGAAAGGUCUGAAAAAUUAGCUAAAGAUCUAAAAUGGUUCAAGGACCAAGGGCAUACCAUUCCCGAGCCUUCUUCUCCUGGUGUUUCUUAUUCCCAGUAUCUCGAGGAGCUAUCUCAAAAGGAUCCUCAAGCUUUCAUCUGCCACUUUUACAAUAUAUACUUUGCUCAUAGUGCUGGUGGGCGAAUGAUUGGCAAAAAGGUACUUAAUUUUUCUCUAAAUGUCAUUUUCCAGAUUGUGACCUCCUGAAAAAUUGCAUCUCUU